UGAGUGUCGCUGUUAGAUUGUCUUGCUUGUUAUAGCAGUGUAAUUUAAUUUGAUUUUAUCCCUUGUUGCAAAAAUGGGAACACUCAGUCUUGUGCUCCUGUGUGCAUUGCAAGGAAUAAUAGUUUAUGGAACUUACAUUAUUAAAAUAGAUCCAACUAAAGGUAGAAAUCAAUUGAAACAUUUCUGGAAAAGCACAGGAUUUUGUCCUCCUUUGCCACAUGACAAAUCAGAAGCCUAUUUUCUUGGCAAGGACCAGCAAUUAAAUAUGGCAUACAUUUCUUCAGUUCCAUUGAGAGGAAUUGAACAAGUAAGAGUUCACUGGUUACUGGAUCUUGUAACAGUUUCAGGGAAUCUACAGUAUGACUUUACAAAACUUGAUACAUUUAUGGAUCUUCUUAUGGCAAAUGGCUUGGUGCCAGGUUUUGAACUGAUGGGUAGCCCAUCUGGAUAUUUUACUGAUUUUGAAGAUAAACAUCAAGUGAUGGAAUGGAGGAACCUGGUAUUUAUGACAGCUCAAAGAUACAUCAAAAAAUAUGGAUUGCUACAAGUUUCUCAGUGGAAUUUUGAAACAUGGAAUGAACCAGAUAAUCAUGACUUUGACAAUGUUUCCAUGACUGUCAAUGGUUUUCACAACUACUAUGAUGCUUGCUCUGAGGGGUUAAAGCAGGCAAGUCCAUUGCUAAAAUUUGGAGGCCCUGGCGAUUCCUGUAGAUCACCACCUAGAUCCCCAAUCUGUUGGAGCCUUCUAGAACACUGCUACAAUGGGACCAAUUAUUUUACUGGUGAAAAAAGGGUGAGACUUGACUACAUAGCUCUGCAUAAAAAGGGAGCUGGAGGUUCUUUUUACAUACUGGAGCAAGAAAUGGAGACAGUGAAUGAAAUUCAGGAACGUUUCCCACUUUUCAAAAAUGUUCCUAUAUACAAUGAUGAGGCAGAUCCAUUGGUAGGAUGGUCCACCCCACAGUCAUGGAGGGGUGAUGUCACAUAUGCAGCCAUGGUAGUAAAGAUAAUAGAUCAACACCUGCAACUUCUAUCAAAUAAAAGUAACAGCAUCAACUACACUUUGCUGAGUAAUGACAACGCCUUCAUGAAUUUUCACCCAAACUACUUCUCUCAGAGGACCUUAACAGCAAGAUUCCAAAUGAACAACACUAAUCCACCCCAUGUCCAGAUGGUGAGGAAGCCUGUGCUAACCGUAAUGGGCUUUCUAGCCUUAUUAGGUGAAGUACAAAUGUUUACUGAAGUGCUAAUGACUGAUGCUAAUGCAAGGAACACUAACAUUAUUGGAGCCAUUGGCAGCACCCACGAACCAGAGAAAGGAGAACUGUCCGAUAGCUGGCAGUCAACAAUACUCUGUUAUGCUUCUGAUGAUAACAAAACGUCUUCUGUUAUAAAUUCCAUCACAGUAAAUAUGACAAAUUUUCCAAAAUCCAAAGACCUUGUAUACGUAACAUAUUAUCUUGAUAACAAUUUAACAAACCCAUUUAUGGAAUGGCAAAGGGUAGGAAGCCCUGACUUUCCAACAAUCAAGCAAUUUCAGCAAAUAAGGGACAUGGAGGAUCCAAUCAGAAAAGGACCUAUAGCUUUCCCCAAAGAUGGAAACAUGUUUUUAAAAGUACAGCUGCCAAUUCCCUCAGUUUUCCUCAUUCACAUUUGCGAGAAGCCCCAUUCACCUCCUAAUAAGGUGACUGGCCUUCAUUUUCUACCUCUCACAAAGGGUCAGGUAGCAGUAAUUUGGAGUGAUAAACACAUCAGAUCCAGAUGUCUGAAGACAUUUGAAGUAGAAUUUUCAGAGAAUGGAUCCACUUACAGUCGGAUAAAUAAAAAAGAUACCAUCUUUACCUUGUUUAUAUAUAGUCCAGAAACUGCUAUUGUGUCUGGCUCAUACCGUGUUCGUACCAUAAACUAUUGGGACAUUUUUGGACCAUAUAGUCUGCCUCAACAAUACACUGAAAAAAUGGAUUGAGAUAGCCUUUGACAGAGACAGAAACAAAAUGAUUUAUACAUUGAAGGAAUUACUUGUCAUUUAACUAUUGCUCUUAGCUGGAUAUGGAAAUUGACUUUUUUGAGGUUUUUAUUUUACAAACAUUAAAACAAGUUGUAUGAAGAAAAAUAAAAUGUGGUGACUCAUGGUGAUAAGAAAUUCAGCAUGCAAUACUCUGGGUUUAAUACAUCCCAUAUAAUGGUGGGUAACAAUGGGUACUAUAGUGAAAAUAUUGUAACCUGAACUGGGCUUUCUUGGAUUCAUGUAUCAUAGUAUCACUUCCAAACAGUUUGUAGAAGUGCAUUUGCUUAGUUACUGCUGGAGGGGGUGAUUUGUCAAUCGCUUUUCGAUAUUGGUCUGUCUGCUGGAUAAGUGGGUUAUUUAAUAGAACUUAUGUAUUAUACCAAGGUGUAUGUCUGGAAAAAUGGAUUGUCAAAUAUUCAGUUGGCUGUGGAAGGAAAGAUAUGUAAGUUAAUUUUUCAAUGUUUUCUUCCUUAUUGGAUGCUGUUCAAGCCAAUCCACGUGGAAAAUGUGGUGUCAUUUAUGCACUAGGGUUAGAGGGGGAGAAUUUUUGGAAAGUCAACGAUAAAGAAUAAUGUUCAGCCAGACCUGUCUCCUGAUUCCUUAAUUGUGUGUUUUUGGGGAGUUUGCUGAAGAUGGGCCAAGCCUUUAUGAUAUGAGAUUGGUAUUGAAAGGAUGCCAUUUGUGUUGUUGUGUGGAAUGAGGGCCACCAAGGUAGUUGGUCCUAAUUUGUUCGUAAGACCCAAACUGGGUUCAAGGGGUUGUCCUUGUUCAUGUCUGCCAUUUGGUGUACUAUCUGUUUAGACAAAAUAUAAUAAUUAUAGAAGCGAUUGAUUGAAUUAAAAAAUGAAAAAAUUUUUGUUAGUUCCGUACUGGUUAGCAUCGUCAAUUUGUCAAUAGUUACGUUUGUUAUGUUUUGCAUUGCCAUGUUUGAAAUAAUGGGUGGUUUCUGCCAAUUAGAAAGCUUUUGUUGCCUAGCCAUGUGAGGUAUAUGGAAUUGCAUGAAUAAGGGGUAACUUGUAUAGUUUGAGUGAAUGGAGAAGGUGAUUGAAAGCGAGGCAAAAUUUGGUUCAAGGCCACAGUGGUUUAAAAAUCCCUGUAAAGAGCCAAUCAAAUGUAUCCAAAAAGGGCUGCUUCAUUGUGUUACAAAAUAUUAGGAUAGUUAGCACCACUGCAUACUUUCAUCUGUUGGAGCUGGAAUGUUCUAAUUCUAGUACGCCUAUUGUUCCAAAUUAAAUAUCCUAGUAUUUUAGUUAAACGACUAUAGGUUGAUUUAUUAUACUGUCCGAGCAUUAUUCUAUGAAUGUAUUCAUUAAUGCAUGUAAAAGCUCCUACAUUAAAAUGUCUUUCCAUAGAGCAGACAAUAAAAAGCAAUACAAUUCCAACUUACCUAAUGUCUCUCUUCUCAAAAAUCUGUAGGCAAGACCCCAUGAAAAUGAAAUCAUUUACCAGAAACAUAACUGUUCAUUUCAUUUUACUAAUCUGGCCCAAUAUUGUUUAGUAGCCAGAAAAUAUGUGUGAUCACCUGUUUUAUUCUUUCUGGACUUGUAAAUGAAAUGUUUAAAUUAUUCCAUUGACUCACACAGCCUUCACAAAUAAGUUAAAACAUGUUGUAAAAUAA